AUGGCGCCUCGAGAGAACUCGCAUGAGCCUUCCGGCACGCCGGCGCCGGUAGAAACUGGCUUUGCCACUCUUGCACAGCUCAGGACUGGCGUCAAGGCGUGGGUUGAGAAGGACGGCGAGAAGCGCAAAGCUGAAAUAUUGUCCAUCCAAACACGGCAGGGCAGGCCCAAGUUUUAUGUUCAUUAUGAGGAAUUCAACAAACGUUUGGAUGAAUGGAUCGAAGCCGAACGGAUAGAUCUUUCGAGAGAAGUGGAGUGGCCUGCGCCUGAAAAAGCCGACAAGAAGAAGGGUACUGCCGUCAAGACUGACAAAGCACCUUCAAAGUCUGAUCAGAAGAAUCUCAAGCGAUCACGCAGCAAACUUGACCGCGAGAUCUCUGGCACCCCAGAGUCGACGUCUAGCAACUUGCCAGGCAAAGCACCAAGGCCUUCUAAAGCAAGUGGAAAAGAAAAUCAAGAGUUGAUAGUGACAAGCGAAGUUACCGAUGGCACGCCAAAACCCGAGGACGAGGAGAUGGACCUCGUCGACGUGCAGGAUGCCGCUGCAGCAGCAAAGGCCAUGCCACCCCAGGAUUACUCGCGAGAAGACGAAAUCGAAAAGCUUCGUACAUCAGGAUCCAUGACGCAGAACCAGACCGAAAUCUCGCGAGUGCGUAACUUGGAGAAGAUUCAGAUGGGUAAGUUCGAGGUCGAGCCUUGGUACUUUUCACCCUACCCAGUCGACUUUGUGGAUUCAGAUGUAGUCUACAUCUGCGAAUUCUGUCUCUCUUACUACGGCGAAGUUACGCAGUUCGAGCGCCACCGCUCAAAGUGCCACCUCCUCCACCCCCCUGGCAACGAAAUAUACCGAGAUGACUACGUAUCCUUCUUCGAGAUCGACGGGAGGCGGCAACGAACAUGGUGUCGUAAUCUUUGUCUGCUUUCAAAACUCUUUUUGGAUCAUAAGACGCUCUACUACGAUGUUGACCCUUUCUUGUUCUACUGCAUGUGCACUCGCGACGAACACGGCUGCCACUUCGUAGGCUACUUCUCCAAAGAAAAGGAAUCCGCAGAGGGCUACAACGUAGCCUGUAUCCUCACGCUCCCUCAAUACCAACGGAAAGGUUUUGGUAAACUGCUCAUCGACUUUUCUUAUCUCCUUUCCAAGCGUGAAAACAAGCUCGGGUCUCCAGAAAAGCCUUUGUCUGAUUUGGGUCUUUUGGGAUAUCGUGCCUACUGGCAGGAGAUUCUUGUCGACAUACUCAUGGAGCCUGGCCGUACAGAAGCAAAUAUCGAAGAUCUGGGUGCUGCGACCGCAAUGACCACGAAUGAUGUUCUACACACCCUGCAGAAUCUGAACAUGCUGCGAUAUAGCAAGAAUCAGCAUGUCGUCGUCCUUACAGAUGCAGUUAUUGCGCAGCGGGAGAGACAAAAGGCAAAGGAAAAGCUGAAAGGCAAGAGGAGCAUCGAUCCCGAUCGCCUGAUCUGGAAGCCACCCGUGUUCUCUGCAGCAAGUCGGACAUGGAAUUGGUAA